AUGGGCACUCCUGCCGAUGAGCGGCCUCGAUUCGACUUGCAUGCUCCCACCAACCGGUCGUCCGAUGAGGAGGCUACCGUCGUCGGUCAUGACCACCGACACAACACGUCGGUCGACAGCGCAGCCCUGAGACAACGAUUACGCGUUGAAGUCAGCCGAGAGCCUCCCAGAGAUGAUGAUUACGUCCAGUCUCCCUCCCGUAACAGAGAGGAGUCAAGUCGUCUGCAAGAUGAGCUAGAGAUGAAGAAGGCCGAGCGCCUGGUCAGCAUUGAGCAGGCUGAGAGCAGGACCUCCGCAACUUUGCACCGGUCUAGGUCAAGAGCGAUCGAGCCCAUCGACGAUUUCGAUACCGCCACGAACCCUCUGCACGAGCGCACCGCUGUCUACAAGCCGCCCGAGCAUCCGACCACCAAAAUCGCUCGAUUUUUCAAAUACAUCCACGAAUCGAGUUGGCUUGUUCGGUACUUCACCUACAUUGUUCCAGUUACACUUCUUCUCCUCACGCCUGUGUUUAUAGCAAUUUUCACCGCACCGGGGAGGAAUGCCAACGUUGGCAGCGUCCAACUGCUGUGGUUCGGUAUCUGGCUGCAGAUUGUUUGGCUGACCCUCUGGGCAGGGCGCAUUAUCGCGAAAUGCGUGCCCUUCCCACUGGGCCUUCUGGCAAGCCUGUUCACCAACAAUGCUAAGAAGUGGCGCGAUUUUGGCCGGCAGCUUGAGAUUCACCUGACCCUGUUUCUGUGGUUCUUGGCCAUCGAACUGAGCUUUCCCCUCAUCAUGUCUAACCACCGGAUUCAGGGCCAGCGUGGUCUACCUCAGUGGGCUGGCACCAUGAACAAGGUCAUCGUUUCUCUCUUCGUCGGCGCCAUCCUCAACUUGGUGGAGAAGGUUAUCAUUCAGCUGAUUGCCAUUUCUUUCCAUCUCCGAACUUAUGCCGACCGUAUCGAACUGAACAAAUUUCAGAUCGGCUCUCUCACCAAACUCUACAUCCAUAGUAAAGAGAAACUUGAUGUUGAGGACCACGAGUUCCGGGAAAAGGACAGCGGUCCAGCAUCUGGCGCUCGCACCCCGGCCGCCUACGUAGGCAUCGCUGUGAACGCAGCGAACAAGGCGGCUGCCAAAGUUGGCGAUGUCGCAGGUGCCGUUGCUGGAGAUUUCACUGGUCAGAAAGUCGCCAAAAGCGGCUCCCCCUCGCAAGUUGUCCUUGAGCUCCUUCGCUCCACCCCUGGAUCGCAGGUGCUCGCUCGCCGCCUGUAUCGAACCUUCAUCCGACCUGGAGAGGACACUGUUUCAUCCGACGACCUUAGAGCGGCCUUUGAUAAUGAUGAUGAAGCUGACGCAGCCUUCAGCAUGUUCGACAAGGACAUGAAUGGCGACAUUAGUAUGGAAGAGCUGGAAGCUGUCUGCGUCGAGAUCGGUCGCGAACGGAAGGCUAUCACCGCAUCUUUGAAGGAUCUGGACUCGGUGGUCAGCAAAUUGGACGAUGUCCUCUUGUUUGUCGUUUUCGUCAUCGUCGUUUUGGUCUUCGUGUCCCUUAUCUCGACUUCGGCUGCUGGUGUCCUCACCUCGGCAGGAUCUGCGGUUCUCGCUCUAUCCUGGCUUUUCUCGGCUACUGCGCAGGAAUUCCUGCAAUCUAUCGUCUUCGUCUUCGUCAAGCAUCCUUUCGACGUUGGGGACCGUGUUUCUAUUUAUGGUAGCACUGGAGCGCAGCUCAAGGGAGAUGACUAUUUUGUUAAGGAGAUUAGUCUUCUCUACACUGAGUUCAAGAAAAUGGAGGGUCAGAUCGUGCAGGCACCAAACUCGUACUUGAACACGCUCUUCAUUCUCAAUAUGCGCCGCUCAGGAGGCCUUGCCGAAGCUGUGCCAGUCGUUAUUCGCUUUGGCACCAGCCUCGAACAAAUCGAGAGCCUUCGGAAUACACUUCUCGAAUUCGUGCGCUCGGAAAAGCGGGAGUACCAGAACAACAUCCUUACCGAGCUUCGAGAAGUGACAGAGGCAUAUUCUUUGACCCUCAACGUGGUCUUCUUCUACAAGUCGAAUUGGCAGAAUGAGCUCCUUCGUCUUCAGCGGCGCAACAAGUUCAUCUGUGCAUUAAUGAUGGCUAUGCAGGAACACGGCAUCGAGGGUCCGUACCGCAACAACGCGGGCUACACUCUGGAUCGGCCUAUGUAUCUUCAGUACCCGAAUGGACCACCACCAUCGUACAACUCGAAUGCGACAGACUCUAAUGGUGGCCCAACAUCGGAAGGAGCCGACCCUGCCGACGCAUCUCUGCGCAAUCAUCCGUCGAUCCUACGACGCCGAACAUCCCGUGGUCAACUCGGCAGACCUCGUGGCGAAAGCAUUAGCACCAUGGCGAAGAGGGUAGACUUCUCCCUUGGCAUGCGUGACAUUGCUCCGGGUGAUGAUAUGGCUGAUGUCUACGACGACCGCUCAUCGUCUCAGUACCGAUCGGUGAUCCGGGAAACCAACCGGAUAGAUGAGGAGCGUAGUCGCUCGACUGAGCCGUCUGUGGAUGAGAACGGGUCUGUAGUUAGGGCGUCAGGCCGCUCAGCUUCGCGUCGCGAGCGCGCCGGUUCGUUGGCUGCUCCUCACCACGCUCAUGGAGGUCUCUUCCGACGAUCGACCGAGCAACCUGAGGGGGUUCACCGUGGCAGCAUGUCUAGCGCUGGGACGCACCGCAAUCGGUUCCUCGACCGUUUCGGCCGUGGUAUGAACAGCUCUGAGCGCUCGAGAGACAUCGAAGCAAUUGGCGACGCGCCUUUAGAUCCUCGCAGCGGUCAGGUCACCAGUCAAGCCGUUCGAAUGGACUCUGCCCGUUCGGUGCAACCUGAGCCGGCAGGCGGGGCCCCAUUGACGUCCACCGCCUCUCACAGCGAGGAUUUUGCGAUGAGAGGGCAGGCACAGCAAUCUGCACAAGAAAAGCAGCAGUGA